AUGAAGGUAACAACAAUUCCGAUAUUGUACCAAGGAGACCUAUACACUGCAUCACAAGUUGAUAUACAGGCUAUUAAGGCGCUAAUCAAACAGAGCCGAGGUGAUACCACCGCACUCCAAGCCAUUGACAGAAUGUCUCAGCUCCACAAGAUGUGUGAAGGUCAAAACAGUGCAACUAUUACAUCACUCUUAGAGUACGACAGCUUACUCACACACUUGUCGCGCGCGUUAAAUGAAGGGACAGCCAAUGUUGAAUUUAAGUGGCAGAUACCAACGAUAAGGCCUAAAACUGGACUGCUUGCUUCACUCUCAUACAACGCCACUGAAAUUGUUAUGGAUGAGCAACACUCUUCCUCUAUUGUAUUUGAACGCGUUCAUAUAUUACACAACGCCGGCGUCCUCACAUUUCGAGCUGCUUCUUCUCUUGCCACUUCACAAAACACCGUAGGUGAAUCAAUUACACAAUUCACAACUGCGGCCGGCAUAUUCACAACGUGUAUUGAAUUGGCAGAUAAAUCCGGACUGAAGAAACAAGCGGACGAUGCCAGACUUUUCCAGAUAUUGGCUCGUGGGUGUGCGCAAUUAUCUUUUUACGCAAAGGCGGUUGCUGCAAAUUCGAGUGUGGUUCUGAGAGAGAAAAUUGCGGGCGGUGCUGUUGAGUUGCUUAGAAAUGGUGCGAAAAGUGUAUAUUUAUAUUCCCUGUUUUUGGCGAGAGUAGCUGCUGGGUUGGUGUGUGAAGAAGAAUUGGAGUAUGGAAAGGCAAUGUCUCAAUAUAAUGAAGCAGUCCGUUGCAUUAAGGAAACCACUCUACCGAUAGACGACUUGGUGAAACAAGUUAAAGACAAGUAUUACACACUCGAAAAGGACAACGAAGACAUUUACAUGAAUCCAAUCCCACAAAUACCGCCAGAAAUCAAGUCGAGGAUAUGUGUGAAUGACAUUGCCUAUGAACUCAGUGUAUCAGAGAGUCCCUUUAAAUCGAUUGUGCCUUUUGCACUUCGUGGCGCCAUGACUCGAUAUCAAACGAAUUCGGGGAAGAUAGUUGGCGACACUAAAACGAUGAUACCACAAUUUACAGCACAAGGAGAUGCAGUGAUACAAAGCAUCAAUUUAAGAGAACUUGAGAAUAAAGUGGAAGGGAUUAAUGGCAUUCCAAACUCCCUAAAAAUAGUGAUUUCGAAAUUGAGAAGUGUGAACAAGCCGGAAGACACUCUCAAGAUGUUAGAUCAAUGCAACGAAAAGAUUAAAUGUGUUAAAAAUGGUAUUGAAGAUAUCGAAGAGUCUUUGAGAGUAGAGAGUGAAGAAGAUAUGAAGAAAAAGAACGAAUUUGGCGAUUUGUGGAGGAGAUUAACUUCAGCAGAGGCAACUAAAGACAUCAUUUUGAAAAUCAAUGGGAUAAAGCGCGCAUGCGAAGAUGGAAAAUGGCUUUAUGGAGAGGGUAAGAGCACCAUAUUGAAAACUAAAACGGAGGUUGAAAUGAUAUUGCAAGGGGAAGAUGUGUUGAUUAAAAACAUCCCCAAAAGUGGAGGAGAUAUGCUGAAAGAUAUGGUCGGGAAAAUGACCGAAUUGUUUGACAAAUGGAAUGAACUGAAAGUGAUGAGAGAGAUGGCGGUGAAUGCAGUCAUUGAGUUGCAGGGAAGACACCAAAAAACUCUUUUGGAAGGGAUGAAAAUAGCUAAAGACAAGAAUGAGUACGUGGACGACUUGAUCAAAGAAUUCGCUCCACUCACACAGGAAAUCCAAAAUUCAUUGAACGCACAAAGUGAGUUGAUCGGACAAAUCAGUGGACUUAAUAACGAAAUCAACGAACACACAUCUUCAUUGCUGGAUACACGAGGUACUGUCUGCCAAGGAUAUCAAAGUAGUGGUGAAAGUUAUAUUAAUGUCGCAAGUAAAGCGGUUGAGAAAAUUGUGAUGAUGGAAAGUGUUGAAGAAGACUUGGAAGAGCUCAGGAAAGAAGUGAAAAAGUACGUGGACAUCCGAACAAAAGAGGCUGCAGAAAUGACUGAAAGAGCAAGUGUUGAAAAGAAGAGGAGAGAAGAGGAGUGUGCUCAGAUGGAAGAGGAAGAAAGGAAAAUCGAAAUUGAGAGAAAUAAGAAUAUCAUGAGCAGAAUUAACACUACAACACAACCUUAUCAUGAACCAUCACAAACUACAAAUUACCAAAAUACAAAUCUUAGAGGACAAACAACAAAACAGGAAUACCCGUCUAAUUACCCAACAAGUCAGACAACAUCGACAACUAACACAAAUAUGGAAUACCCAACUCAAUAUCCAACUUCAUGUACACAAAAUGACUAUCCUACACAAUACCCAUCAUCAAACACCACUUCUUAUGGAAAUACUCAAUAUCCAACACAAUAUCCAAUGUCUAACUCAACACAAUCAAAUAACCCAUUCAACCAACCUUAUGGAAUGCCUACUAACACAAACGCUAACUAUUCUCAACCUUAUGGAGGUCAGGGGUUCCAACAAUACGGGGCCACGCCUGGGACCUUUGUGAAUGCGCCUGGGUAUCAACCAUAUGCACAGCAACAACCUUUUGUGCAAGCACCACCUCAACAAACUCCAUUUGGGAUGGUCCCACCAGUUAUGCCUUACGGAGGUGCAGCGCCACAAUAUGGGAUGCCAGCACAAUUCCCAUACUCUCCAUUUGGUGGAAGCAUCUUUUAA